AUGCAGUUUUCCGUCUACCUCCUUCUCGCUGCCGCUCAGCUCAUCACCGCUCACUUUGGCAUCGAAUAUCCCGAGUGGCGUGCCGACACACUAACUGUCGAGGACGGCCCUUACUCCCAAUACGACUACCCUUGCGCCAACGUUCCCGACGGAACAGGAAAUCGCACGCAGUGGCCCCUCACCGGCGGCGCCGUGUCCCUCGAGCUGCACCACGCCUGGACCUACGUCUUUGUCAAUCUCGGACUGGGCAACAAUGUGACCAAUUUCAACAUUUCGCUGACGCCCGAGUUUCUCAACGUGACGGGCAACGGCACCUUUUGCCUGCCGCGGCUCGAGCUUCCCAAGGGCGGCAGCGGCAGCAGCAUCGCCAAUGGCACCAAUGCCAGUAUCCAGGUCGUGACCUCGGGCCGUUCCGGCAGUGCCUUGUACAACUGCGCCGAUGUUAUUCUCGUUACCGACGCCCCGGGCCCUGCUGAUGGCGUUUGUGUCAAUACCACGCAAUCUUCGGUCGUCGUCUCGGCAAAUCAGUCUACUGAUGCCAAUUCGACGGGUUCUGGAUCGGCAUCUAACACGACGAGUGGCGCCCAGACUGUAUCUGCCAAUAAUGCUGCUCUGGCUGUAUUCCUAGGAGUGGCGAUGUUGUUUGCUACGGGCAUGGGUAUUUAA